AUUAGUAAAAAUUAUAUUGGGAGCAGAAAAGAUUGAUAAAUCAAAGUUUGGAAUGAAAGUCGUCCACGUAUAUCCAAUUCAAUCUCAACAACUUGUAAAUAGGGAAUUCCCUUUUAAAGAAUAUCUUUUUAAGGCCCCUGAACCUGGUAAACGAUUUAGUUAUAUUGUAGUAGAACCUGAAGUAAUUUAUGAUAAAUAUAGAAUCAAAAUAUCACAGAAAAAAGGGGAUUAUAUGGAAUAUGUGAAUGUAUCAUCACCCGAAUCUCUGACAAAAGCCUUGAAUUGUAAAAAGAAAUCAAAGAAGAAGAAAUCAAAAGAUAUUAAGGGUUUAGAUGAGGAUGAAAUAGCAAAUGUAAAAGAUGAAGAGUCGCAGAAGUAUAUUAAAGAUUUACGUGAUGAUCUGAAAAAAGAUGAAGUCAUUAUCUCCCAUUUAUGGAAAGAUGCCACCACUCAUGCUGAAAAAAUAUGUUCUGGUAUUAGUGAAGCUAGCAUGACUAGGCCUUCAGGAAUCUCUACGAGAUAUAAUGAUUACCUUAAUGCAUUAGAUAGGAUUGUGAAUUCUACUCGUUUGAAAUUAUCAGAUUUACUUUUAAAAUUGUCUAAGCUUAAUGUAGAUUAUAGAAAUGCAAUAUACGAAUUAAUUGUGCAG